AUGAAGAAAAAGUCAAAGCAGUAAAGUGAAAAAUUUUCUCGAAGAAAACGAAGGCUAUUGUUUAUGUGCGAUCGCGAGAGUAGAAAAGCGUAAAUUUUUUAUAAUUUAAUUUUUAUUUACAUUAGCAUCUCACUUGACAAAAUAUUAGUCAACGAAUGGAUACAUUUAAAAUAUUAUAUGCAGCUUAAAAAGUCAUAUGCAUUUAAAUAAAAAUACAUCCAUAUGUAAUUCAUUACACAUUUUGACCAAAAAGGAGUACAAAAACAUACGAGAGUACGAGAAGUUUUAUAAAAGUAAGGUACCGCAAUUUUGCAUUUUCAGCAGAUAAACUAAUAAAAGGUUUUAAUAGCCAUAAGAGGCUAAGACAAAGUAGUUGGUUGCUCAUGCGAACUUCCGUUGUUGUAUUGCGCUUGCGUUGUUAUUGAUGUUACAAGGGCGCACUAAUUCCUUGCUACUAACAUAAACAAUACUAUUGGAUUUAAAGUGGCAUCACAUUUCUAUAUAUCUGUAUGAAUAAAGAUUAAAACUUCAUAUUUUCUGUGGACAGUUCACAACGCCCCUCACCCACAAAAAUGGCACCAACAACAACUAUAGAAACCAUCACAAUUACAAGGCCUCUCAAGGUCAUUGCAUUUAUAUGUGGUGUUAUCGUUGUAAUACUUAUGAUUAUGGCAUUGGCUUCCACUGAUUGGUUAAUGGCUGCCGGCUGGCGUCAGGGACUCUUUGUGCAUUGUAUUGAGGAAGAUGUUGAAUCACCUCUGCCCUUUAAUUUACACGAUCCGCCUGGUUGUUACGCUAGUCGAGAUGUGGCAUACAUUAAAGCCACUGCUGCGCUUUGCAUAAUCACACUGAUAACCGACGUAAUUGCCACCAUACUCACUGGACUGGGUCUGAGAACGCAAAACCAUAAUGUGAAAUAUAAAUUUUACAGAAUUGCUGUGCUAGUAAUGUUGUUAUCAUUACUGGCUGUCUUAUCUGCACUUAUAAUAUAUCCGGUAUGUUUUGCUGGAGAACUUAAUUUGGCAAAUCGUCCAAUUUGGGAAUUUGGUUGGGCCUAUGGUGUUGGCUGGGGUGCAGCUAUCUUCCUAUUCGGUGCCGUUGUGCUACUGCUAUGCGAUAAGGAAUCGGAGGAGAUUUAUUAUAAGGAGAGAAAAAUUGUACAUGAAAACCAAUUGCGCGCCUAGGCCAGGCCGCACGACCUGCCUGACGUCGUUCUUUAGAUAUUUAAGUAAAUUAUGCGAUUUCUACUGAUAUAAUACUACUAACUACUACUAUUACAAGAACAACAAAAACUAUAAAUUCAACACAGCAUACAAUAAGAAAUGAACAAAGCAAAAAACGAAUACGUCAAACAUUAUAUAUAACACACAUCAAAAAAUCAAAGAACUAAAAAAUAAUUGUGUAAAACUGUCUGUCAACAUUGCCGAUAACCAAAUUAUUAUAUUUAUCAUAUAAAGAAAGAAGUGACAAAUCGAAGAAUAACUUAAAACGAAGUCAACAUCAAAAAUUCAAAGCAAUUAUCAACACAUACAAACACACACACACAUUCAUACAAAAUCCACAACACUUCAAACUGAUAUUACGAGCCAAUUUUGUGCUUCCUUUAAGCCUUUUUCAAAUUUCAUUGUAUUGUUCAUAUGCUAUAUGUUACUUCUUCGGCAUAGUGGCAGCUGAGGUGAAAACCCACCAUCCAAAAUAUACAAUCACACUCUAAUACACACAAGCAUAUACACUUAUACAUUCAUACAAUGGUCAUGUAUUUUGGGUGAACGCAUUUUAUAAAAAAAAAAAAAAAUUACAUACCUACUUAUUACAUACAAGCAUAUAUUCAUGUAUUCAUGGUGAUCGUAUUUAACUGUUUAGUAUUGUAUACGUAUAUAUACCUACAAACAUAUAUCUACAUAUAUUUACAUGUAUAUUCGACGUGCAUAAUCAUCAUUAUAAAAAUACACAUACAAAUUUCAUUAUUUACAUAUACAUAAGCACACAUAAAUAUAUCUACAUUUACUAUAUAUGUAGAUGUCCUUACCUAUGCAACUUUUCUGGCAAAAUCACUUAACCUAAAAGCAAAAGCAUUUCCUCAACAAUUUCUUAUUUUCCGUUUAAACAACUACAUCGAUGUGAACUCCGUAAAAAAUAAAGAAAUUAAUGUAAAUUAAUAUCAAUCGUACGUUGUAUGUUAGAUAUUCAAACUAAAUAUAAGCGUAAUAAAAUUGUAGAAAACAAACUAACCACAUUAAAGAGACGAACUAAAACGGAUUAUAAAAAAAGCAAAAUCAAACAAUUAAAUGCAGAGAAGAAUCAAGAAGAGAAUCUUGAAAUUUAAUAUAAAAUUACGCUCAUGAACCUACCAAUUUAAAAUCGACUCCACAGAUAUAUACGUGAACCGUACCAUAAAGAUACAAGCAAACAAAUGCAUGCAUACAAACACACAAACACAUUCAUAUAAAAACAUACAAUCUCUCAUAUUUACAUACAUACUCAUAUUUUAUAUACAUAAAUUCAUAAUCGAGUAUUAACAGGCAGCUAUAGAAGUUAUGACAAACAAGGAAACAUGUUGUUUUUGGUUUUACACACAAGAAUUAAACAAAAAAAUUAACACGACAAGACUUUGCCACAAAACAAGAGCAAUUUCAUGCAGCUUCGUUAAUUCAUAGUUAUAAUAGAAUACAACAGUGUGUGCAAACAUGCAGCUUCCAACUAACUGUAGUGUAUACAUACAUAUAACAAUUGAUUUCAUAUACACAUAAAUUAACAUUUAGUAUGCGUCACAAGGAGCCAUUGUCAUCUUGUUUAGUUGAUAAAUGCUAGACAUUUUAGUAUUGAAUGUUUCUCAAAUCGACAGACAACAGCAAAAAUUGUUGAUCCUCUACAACGCAUGCCCUGAUGGUCAAGCAACAUUGGGUCCCAUGGCGAGCGCUUAUGUGUUAAUCUGCCAAUUAAUCCGUGUUCAAAAUGUACCUUAAAGUUUCUUUAUACACACGUUUACAUAAUAAUAUAUUUUAUUAUUGCUUAAUUAAAACCGUCAAUUUGUAGGUAUGUAGUUGCGUAUAUUUCGCUGCACUUUUACAAAAACUCGAAAAUUUGUUAUUUUAUCACGAAAUCUCCGAAAACAGUUGUAUAUGUCUCGAAUCGAUAUUCGUAUUUAAAAAUUGUGUUUUUUGUUGCGAAAUAUUUACUCCAAAGAGUUU